AUGACUGUACUUGGGACGAAGAAGACAUACCUCCUCCUCUCCUUCCUCUGUAUUUUACUGCUGUGCCUUUUCAGUAUAUGGUUGAGAGGAUUCCAGGCUCUGACCACCAUAAAUCCCUUUGCCACUUCUGACAGCAGGAGCAAUAGAAAUCUAACCAUACUGCUGUGGUACUGGCCCUUCAACAUGCCAGUGAGUCUGGAGAGUGACGUGUGCUGGGACCUCUACCGCAUCCCUCGCUGUAAACUGGUGGACCAGCACUUUUUGUUCCCCUCAGCUGAUGUGGUGGUGUUCCACAAAGAGCUGAUAAACGGCCAGCAGAAGCUGCCCUUAAAUCUUCCACGGCCACAGGGCCAGAGAUGGGCCUGGCUGUCCUUGGAGUCCCCUGCUCACAACGGAAACUUGCAGCACAAUAUCUUCAACAUAACCAUAGGCUACAGGAGGGAUGUUGAUAUCACAGUACCAUAUGGUGAGCUGCUACCAAAGGAGGCUGGAGGACAUCUGGAGGAAGAUGUCCCUCUGAAUAAGAGCACUCUGGUUUGCUGGGUGGUCAGCAAUUUCCAGAACUACCAAAAGAGAGCUGCAGUGUACAAGGAGCUCCGUGACAUAGUUCCUGUGAAGGUUUAUGGGAGGUGGUCAGGGUCAGCCCUCUCUAAUGAAGCACUCUUACCUGCAAUCUCUCAGUGCUACUUCUAUUUAGCCUUUGAGAAUUCAGUUGCUAAAGAUUAUAUCACAGAGAAGCUGUGGUGGAAUUCUUACAAAGGCGGGGCAGUACCUGUCGUCUUGGGGCCACCGAUUAGUGAUUACAAAGAUGUGGCUCCACCUAACUCUUUCAUCCAUGUUGAUGAAUUUGCAUCAGUUGUUAGAACACGUUCGCACACUGAAGUGAGCGAGCGGUAA